AUGGGCGCACAGAAGAAGAAGGCCAAGUUUGUGGCUAAAGGUUUGCUGUCACAGAAGAUUAAGCAGCGCAAUGUAAAGAAAAAGUUUCAGGCUUUGAAGGAUAAGAAACGCAAUCGUUUUGAGCGCAAUAGCGACGCGCCUAGUAAAAAAAAGCUACGCAACGCGGUGGCUGAAAGCACUAGUUCUAAGAAGGAAGAACCGGAUAUGAUGGAUGAGAUGGAUGUAGAUGACUUUUUGAACGCUGAUUUUCUGGACUCGGACAACGAGGACACGGAGGAGACGGCAGACAAGGACAUGACUUUAUCUCUUAACAAGGCUAAGGCUACAUAUCAACAGGAAAAGAAAGAUGAAAACGGAGAGAAUGAAAGCAGCAGUGAAGAAGAGGAUGAGAGUGCUCUGGAUCCGCGCUACAUGACAGGUAUGCUAUUUGAAGAAGAGGCUGAGGAGGAAAAGAACAAUAAAAAGGAGGAAGAAGAGGCUGAGGAGGAAAAGAACAAUGAAAGGGAAGAGACCGAGAAGGAAUGUUUUGAGACGAAAUCGGUCUCAGGGCUACGUCGCUUGAUAAAGAUCUUCAGUGACGCAUGUCGCUCGAGCGACGCUGCCGAUUCCAGCAAGGAGAGCGAAAUUGCCUUUGAUGUACAGAGUAGUUACGUGUACAACCGGUUGAUGGUAAAUGUAUUUCGCAAGACGCAUGAGACGCUGGCUGCUCUUGUGACGCUGGACAGCUUAUCGGAGGAAGACACUGCUUUCAAGAUAGACGACAAGAAGUGGAAGAAGCAUGCAUUAGUUAUUCGUCGCUUCUUUAGCUGUGCGUGCUACUUGCUUGAGCAGUCCACUGGCCAAGACAUCCAGACCUUUGUCUUACGUGAGCUAUCGCACUACAUUCCGUUUGUGGUGUUGUGCCCCAAGACCUCACGAAGAAUGCUGAAAACUCUGCUAAAGUUGUGGGCAAAGUCGCUGAACGCGAACGUGUGCAUGCUAGCAUUCGUCCGUGUUCGCGACUUGGCCCUGGCUGUGCCUUUUCCAUUCUUGGAACUUUGUCUAAAGGGCAUUUACGUGACGUACAUGCGAAACACAAAGUUCACGAAUGAAGUAACUCUGCCUCACCAUAUCUUGAUGGGUAACUGUGUUGUUGAGCUCUUCGGCCUCGACCUCAGCAGCUCGUACCAACAUGCUUUCGUGUAUAUUCGCGAGCUCGCUGUUGCUGUGCGCAAGACAAUCACAUCUCCUGGUCCUGGUACGUUCAAGGCUGUGCUCAACUGGCAGUUUUUCAAUCAGUUGCGUGUAUGGACAGCGGUGGUAUGCGCUUACCCGGCUGAGAAACAGCUUCGUGCGCUUGUGUACCCGUUGAGUCAGCUUUUGCUCGCGGUUGUACGACUAUCGAGCACGCUGCGCUUUGCCCCGCUUCGCUUCCAUUGCGUAAAACUGCUGCAGCAGCUUGCUUUAGCUACCAACUCUUUUAUCUCCACAAGUCCUGCUUUACUUGAAGUUCUGCAGCUAGAGCCGUUCCGUUCGUCGUACAAGGCUAGUGGUGGAAUGAAGGGAGGCAAGGGCAGCAACCCCUCAACUGAGGUGGAUCUCGAGCUCUGUGUGAAGUUAACGAAGACGGCGUUGGACGCAAAGCGCGUGCACGACCAAAUUAUUAUCCGACUUUUUGAGCUGUUGCAGCGCGAGUGCGAUGUGUACAAAUUUAACGUGGCCUUUCCAGAAUUUGUAGUGCCACUGUUGCUUACUCUGAAUAAGUUUAUGCAUGCAUGUGCCGUUCCGAAGUGGAAAGCGCAGGCACGUGGUCUUAGCGAUGGCAUUAAGAAACGUGCCGACUGGAUCCGUUCAAAACGUAGCGGUCUGGAUUUGUCUCCGAAGGAUACGGUUGAGCUGGACAAUUUUCUCCGUGCAGAGCGUGAGGCUGCCGUGAAAAAGCUAUUUGAGAAGGACGCGAUUGAAUUGCAGGAGAAGCUAGAUGCUUCGGUCGAGGCUUUCAAGAAUAAAGUGGACGACGGCUUGGAGCAGAUUGAGAAGAAGAAGACGAAGAAGACGAAGAAGACGAAGAAGGAGAAACAGCGUGGUAAGAAGACGGGUGUGUUUGUAGACGAAGAGACCGUGGCCAAGGUGAAGAAAAUGUCGCUCAAGGAGUUUAGAAAGUCGGUGGCACAAGUGGACGCUGCUGACCAAGUAGAUGAAUUUCAUUUUUCGUCGGAUGACGAGUAA